GGGGUUGAUCUCAUGGCAGCCCAUCCGCCAACCGCGAUCUUUGGCUCCCUCUCCCUCCCAUCAUCUUCUCCCUUCCAUCAUCUUCUCCCUCCCAUCAUCUUCUCCCUCCCGUCAUCUCCCUUCCGUCAUCUUCUCCAGCCCAUCCUCCCCAGCCGCCGAUGGCCCUCCAUCACCAGGUCUUUGGCCUCUUCGCCCGCCCCGAUGCGUCCACUAUCCGGUGUCUCUACUUCAUCCCGUCCGAGUCGGCUCCAGCGGCUCUUGCCUUCCUCGCCUGCUCCUGCUUUGUCCCUCCCCAUAUCGUCCUUCUCGUCUACGCAUCGCCCGAGUCCCAUCCACUGGUCCCGCUGGACCACUGCAUUGCUGCCUCGGCCUCGCUGAAGCGGACGCCCCCCUCCCUCAAAGACUCGCCCACGAUUCUUCUCCUCACCACCGAUGCCACCCAAUCCGCCGAGCAGCUGAUGACGAUCCAUAUCUCGGCUCUCAACCUCAUCGCCCCGGCUUCGGUGUCCUUUGUCGUGUUGCUCUCCCAGAGCUCUCCAGACUUCCAAAAGACGCUGCAGUACCAGGUCGCCUCCAGUAGCCACUCUCGUUCGAUAUCGAUUGUCGAGCCAGACUGCCUACCACCGAGUCCCUGGCAGAAUCUCCCUGCCCACUUUGAAACGCAGGCACUGCGGCCAGACGAGUCUACCGACCUCGAUCGAUAUACCAUCCUGGUUUGUCAGUUUGCUCUGGGGCUGUUCGAAGCCAACCCCACGGAUGCCCUCAACCUCGACGGACUCGAUAUCGUCAGUCUCUGCACACGCCUGGCAUCGGCAUCCGGGCUCGAUGAUGCGUCGAAUCUCUGGGCGUUCCUGGUCAAUCGAUUGGUCGUCCACAGAGCCCUGAUAUUCGCCGAGAGCUGGGAUCGGGUCCGCCGAUAUCGCUUUGGAUCAAGAGCCUGUCUCCAACAUCUGCUUCAUCUUGUCCACUCGACCCUGGAUCUGCGGAACAGCCGCAUGGUUUCGCCAGAUCAGCACAGCGGAAUUGCAGCGACGGCCACAGUCUCAACCGCUGUCUCAACCGCUGCCUCAACUGCUGCCUCAACCACCGUCUCGGGCGAGGAUGCACAUCCUCUAUCGAAUCUGCCGACCCAUUCUCCUGGAGAUCCGACUCUUCAUGAUGCUCUAGGUACCGAGCAUCCGAUCGGCGGAUCCGAGUCAUGGCAUCGAUCAGGUGCGCCGGAUCCACUCGACACUGCAGCGCAAUCGACCACCGCAGAACAUUAUCCAGGGACCACAUCUGCGCUAGCUGUAAUCGAUCUCCACAGAGAUCCCACUCCUGUAUCGGGCCCGUCAGUGGCGUUCUCCAGUCAUCCAAAGGACGAGAGUCCCGGCUCGCCUCCACUUGCCGACUCGGAUGUGUGGGAGGGGGCGUCGAUUGAUACAGACAGUCUCUAUGCCGGCAAAGACUCGGACGGCAUCGACAAGAUGCUGGACACGAGGGACACGAAUGCCGAUGACGAUGACGAUGCUGAUGCUAAUGCUGAUGCCGAUGUCGAUGCCGGUGCCGAUGUCGAUGUCAGCAUGACCAUCAGGCCAACCAAUGUCGACUCCGUUUCCCAUUCAUCCUUGGAGAAACACGCAACCCACGAAGCAUCAUCGUCAUUCAAAACAAAGCUUCUCGAGUUCAUGUCGGUCCAUUAUCCAAACGAAGACCCCCCGCGCUACGAGCUCGUCCCCUCCGAUUCCUCGUUGCUGUCGUGGUCCGCUGUGCCGCGCACGCUAUAUCGCUGCAGCAUCGUUGUGAUCGACCAACAUAUCGAGAAUGCGCGUGCCUUCGAGACCGUCAUCGAGGCCGAGGAGGAUGCAUCGCGGCUGGCCUGCCAGUUCAUGCAGGUCUUUUUCGAAGCCGCCAAGCGCACCCGAAACCUCCGGGGCACUCUCGAGGAUUUCUUCAAGGACGAUCUUGAGUACGGCGAGAUCGUGGAGCCGACAUACGAUCCACCUGGACACCCCGGCUCGAGCCUCUCUUCAACGCAUGAUGUCGACAAGUCCAAGAUUCUGGCCGAGGGCGUCACGGUGCAAACCAAUUACAUCGAGACGGUCAUGUCGUGGUGGCGCCAGCUACCCAAGUCCGAGAAGACAGCUACUCCUUCGUUUCAGUGCUCUGGCUCCCGACUGCAGGGCUUCAAGUGCACGCUCACUGUCAAUCGCGAUGUCUUUCAUUCGAUCGGAGCCCUCCAAACCAACAAGUUGGCCCGAGAGAGUGCCGCAAAGGUGGCGUGUAAGAGCCUUGGCCUUGAGGCGAAGCACACCCCGAUGGCUCAGAAACCUAUCGGAGGAUAUCUGCAAGAAUACAUUCGGGCCCACAACUACAUUGCCAACUUUGAGUUUCUCCACAGUCGUCGUCUCAAUUCCUUUGGCUGCAUCCUCCGCAUCGGCGAGAGGGAGUAUCGAAGCGACACCGACUUUGUGCGCAAGCAAGAUGCCAAGAAUCAUGCGACCCAGCGUGCGCUCGUUGAUCUGGUCGGCACCGAGUACGAAAUCCCCGGGCCGGCACAGCGGGCUCCGGAACCCAAGCGCGAUGACGCUCACCGGUUUGUCGGCCAUGCCGGAGUCCCUCCGCGACCGGCUUUGCGCCCACUGCCUCCAACCCAAGGCCUGUCACCCGUGGUAAACCCGCUCGCGCAUCCCACCUAUCCGAUGCAGCCGCCAAUGCCCUACUAUCCGUUCCAGCGACCGGCACUGCAGCCAUAUCAUCACCCCAGCAAUCCCCACAAGAGGCAUCCCGAUUCACAGUAG